AUGGUUCGACGGUGGCUUCUUUCGGAAGUGGUGCUCGAGCUGGCCGUCGUUGACGACAUUCAGAUCGGCAAAGGUUCCAAGACAUCGCUUAGCACGGGCACUUUCGUGAAGUGGCUGAUGUUUUCCACGCCGCCUCUGUCCUUAGCAAGCGACGAAGACGCCAACAAGGCAGAG